UUUAUUAUCCUAAUUACUAAAGAAUUCAUAAGCAUAUUGGGGAAUGGAUACCUUGCACUAGUUAAGUGAAUUGGUUGGAUUGCAAUGGUUCUGCAUGGCAUAUUAAUAGUACUUCACACAGAUGUUUAUGAAAGUAACAAACUCAUGAUUGUAAUUUAUACCUUCUGGACAUUUGCCAACUACUUAAGUUUGUGGUUUGCUACCUGCCUCGAUGUCUUCUGUUUCCUCAAGAUAGCCAAUUUCUCCCACUCUCUUUUUCUCUGGGUGAAGUAGAAAAUUGACAGGGUGGUUCACUGAUUGGGGUGCCUUGCCAUUUCCUUGCUGGUCAGCUUUCUAAUAGCAUUGGUACUGAAUCUUGAUGAUAGGUUUUGUAAAGUAACAACACUGAAAUAAAUGUUCCAUGUGAGUAACUCUCAAUACUUCAAGCGAUUGACUCUCUUCAGCCUGUUUGUAAUUGUUCCAUUUACUGUGUCACUGAGCUCAGUUUUGCUUUCAGUAAGGUCCCUGUGGAGACAUACUAAGCAAAUGAAUGUCCAUGCUACAGGCUAUUGAGACCCCAACACAGAGACCUAUGUGAGAGCCAUAAAAAUUGUGACUUUGUUUCUCUUCUUCCUGUUUAUAUAUUAUGUGUUUUCUCUUUUGCUGACCUUUAGCUAUUUUAUGACAGAAUACACGUUAGUCAUGAUGUUUAGUGAGAUUUUAGCAACUCUCUACCGGGGUCAUUCACUUAUUUUAAUUAUUAUAAGUGACAGGUUGAGGCAGGCAUCUUUCAGAAUGCCCAUGUGGAGAAAAAUAGCCUGCGUGAAGUGA